CUGCAGAUUUGUGGAGGUCAAAACAACAAGAAUGAAACAUAACACCAAGAAUUCGAUCUUUCUUAAAGCCCUUUGCAACAUGAUACUGAGAAUGACCGUGGGUAGGGACAAGGAGAAACACAAGCUCAGGGUAGUGAACCCAAGCACCUGCAGGCAGAUGUGUGCCCACCUGGAGAAGGGAGCAGGGUUCAGGUUUGGGCUGUCCCACAUCACUCCUGCAUCCUGCACCACUGGAUCCCUAUGAGGGCUAGUCAGGCUGCAGCACAGGGACCCUGCAUGGCAGCCCCAUCCCUCUGCAUGAUGCCACAGCUGCUCCCAACUGCAAAACGGUGCUGUGCCACUGUGAGGUAGGCAGAGAAUGGGCAGAGCCAAACUCCUCACCGAGCAUCACUAUGCCCUUGAGACAGAAGAGCCCAAACCACAUCCAAUGGGAGGCAGAAGCCAUGCUAUGUUGGGACACUUUGCCUAUUUUCUCAGUGUUUCUCCUUAAAAAGCAAGUGGGAUCAUCCCAGCAAGCAUGUGCACCAGCUUGGCAGAGACUGCAGCAAACUAUCAGCCCAGCAGAUUGCUGUGCGUUUACAUCACAGAUGGGAAAAAGUCUCACUAAUCCUCAGAAGUUUCUUCCAGUGGAUGAUUUCACCAAGAAGGAAUAUUCCCUCCAGCCCCAGUGUGCUGGCAGCAGCAGAAGGCCCACAAGUGGCAGUUCAGCAUCGAUGUACACAGAAAUACAACAGGAGCACUCUGACAGCGGGAGCAUCCUGACUCACCCAGACUACAUAGAUGGGAACCCAGACCUGAUCAAACCUAAAAAGCUUCUCAACCCUGUCAAAGCCUCCAAGAGCCAUCAGGAGCUGCACCGAGAGCUGCUGAUGAACCACAAGAGAGGCUUGAGUGUAGACAGCAAGCCGGAGUUGCAGAGGGUGCUUGAGCACCGACGGCGAAACCAGGUCCUCAGGCAGAAGAAGGAAGAGGAAGAGGCCAAGAAGUUGCAGUCUCCCUUUGAAAAAGAGUUACUGAAGAGGCACCAGCGACUGGAUCAGCUGGAGAAAGAGCAGGAGAAGCAGGAAGACCAUGCACCAGAAUUCAUUAAAGUCAAAGAAAAUCUGAGAAGAACAUCAACGGUGACUGGGGAAGAGAAAGCAGCAUAGCUUCUGCCAAAACCUACCAAGGCUGAUGUUUCUGUACAUGGUGGACACUCACAGCCACAUCUUUGGGGCUACUCAUGUCAUUAACACUUGCUCCAGUAGAAGGCACAAAAAAAGUUUUCCCAUCCCAGGAAGGUCUCAUGAUCGAAAAGGUGCAGUAUUCACUGAAGAGAUCCUCACACGAGGUGGUGCAGAGUGAAGUGAUGUCCCUUUCCUCCCCAGUUGUGGGAGCACACUAACGUCCAGCUAACUCCUGGUUAAUCCUCACGAUGCAGCCAAGGUGUGAGCCAGGGCAGUCAGCAGAGAGAUGGGCAUUGCCAUGGGCUGGGGGACCUGCAUCCCCUGGAGGUGGGCUCACCAAGCAGGGCAGCAGGAGGGCGGCUGCAGCUUUGGAAAUCUCCUGGCAAACCAGCGUGGUGACUAAAGGGACAAUCUACGUAUCACUGGGAACAGCCCACGGGUUACUGGCAUUGCAGCACCACACAAGACAAACAGUGCCAUAACAUUGCGAGAAAAAUCAACUCCUGAGUGCCCACACCAGCUCAGCAUUGCAAGGCCAGGUGCCACUUGUUCUUCACGAGCAUCUUUAAGCUGCAUUUCAAACCUGCUUGUAAAUAGCUAUUGAGCUGUUUGCCCUGUUCCAUGCUUAGGCAUAAAAUACACAGAACUUCCCAUGAAAGCCCCAGGUGAGAGGCAAAUGCUGCAGGAAUCUGGGGGCUCAGCAUGGGUAUGAGUGGAAGCGUGUAGUGAGCAGUCAGCAGGCUCCUGUGGAUCUGGCAAAGAGGAGCAGAGAUGAACUGCUUCGUGCCUCCCUGCUGAGCCUCAGCCCCUCACCCUGGACAUGAGCUACUACAGUGACCAGCAAAACCUGUCCUGUGAUGCCAUGCUGGUGUCAGGACGCUGGCAGGGGUCACAGCUGGCAGCAGCACGUGUUGUGGGCUACAGGGCAUGGAGGUACUGCUGCAAAGCUGCUUCUCAGUGCUUCUCAUCCCUUCUACCAGAGGACAGUGUUGCCUCACUCCAGUUGCCAUGUCACAAAGGUAAACAUCUUAUUGCUGCUGACAGAGCAAAGCUGAAAUAGACGGUGCCUUUGCACCAUGAAUGGAUGGAGCAUAUUAUAUUUAUGGGGCACUCAUGCCCUGAGAUGUCCACAUGUAGAACUAAAAUCGCACCUUCAGGUAGAUCCCAGCUUCUUUCACAGUCUUGCUACAAAGCCUCAACAGGAAAACUCACUGACUGCCUUCAAACACUGGCUCUUAAACAGCAAGAAUUAACAGGCAUGGUCAGCUGGGAAAGUGGUACCUAGUUAAACAGUGUCCACCAUCCACAUGUUCAUGGAUCUAUAUGUGAAUUAAGGAAAGGGAGUGUUUAUCACAUCUUUGUCAAGAAGCUACUAACCUAUUCCCCAGACCCGCUGGCCCAGCAGGGUGUUUCAUUUCAGAGGAUGCUGCUCAGCUUGGCAGUUGAAGUAAAGCCAUAUCACACAUCAUGAGCAGCAGUACAGGUAUGGGGCCUCUGGACAGCACCACAUCGCAAAACCCUUGGCCUGGUCUCAGCCCUUGGGAGCCCCAUCUCACAGCACUGUCCCCGUGGCAGCUCUUAGCCUCUCAUCCAUCAUGCUUAUUCUAAUGAGGCUGUUAUUUCAGAAAUCCAGUGCAUAUGGUCCUUAUGGAUCAAACAAGAUCUGACAGGAUUUGUUAUGCCUUUUCCCA